AUGACGAUACAUGGAAUGUUCAAGCGCAUCGUGCGCAACGAUGCUAUUCGCGUUGAUCCUCCAGAGAUUUACAACUGGCGAGUAAUCGCUUUGACUGCUUCGGCAUGUUUUGCUGGAGCCCUCUUUGGUGUUGACGCUGGUAUCAUUGGUGGUGUUCUCGCCAUGCCAGACUUUCAGCGAGAGUUUGGUAUGAACGGUCGUUCUGAUCAAGCACGUGCUGACCUCGCUGGUAAUCUUGUCACUACAAUGCAAGCCGGUGCCAUUGGUGGAGCUCUCCUCUCAAGUCCCUUUGCCGAUCGCAAGGGCCGUAAGCCCGCUCUACUUCUUGUUGCCAUCACUGGUUUCAUUGGUGGAAUCAUGCAAGCAUUUUCUUAUGGUCAUCUCUCUGCAUUCUACAUUGGCCGCUUCAUCGAAGGUCUUGGCCUCGGCGCAGGAACAAUGCUCGCACCAACUUAUGUCUCUGAAAACUCACCCCGUGCCAUACGUGGUUUUCUCGUUGGUUUCUUCCAGCUUCUGCUCGUUCUCGGCGGCAUGACAGCCUACUUCAUUAACUAUGGCUCCCUACUUCACCUACCCGGCAAAGCAACUUGGAUGGUUCCUCUCGCCUGUCAAUCAAUCUGCCCAGCUCUUCUCUUCUUCAGCAUGAUAUUCUGCCCGGAAUCGCCACGAUGGCUUGCUUCCAGGGAUCAAUGGGAAAAGGCUGGCGCUGUUCUUUCCGACGUGAGGAAGUUACCCGUUGAUCAUCCGUAUAUCCAGCAGGAGUUGUUGGAACUCAAGACGCAGAUUGACCAGGAGAAUGCGGUCAUGCAGGAUACAGGGUUUUGGGCCCUUCAAAAAGAGUGCUGGACGCUACCUUGGAACAGGAAGAGGGCAUUGUUGACUGUCGGUAUAGUCACACUUGGGCAGUGGACAGGUACUGGUGCUAUCAACUAUUACGCCCCGACUAUCUUCAAAGGUCUAGGACUCUCGAGCACUACGACAGCGUUAUUCGCACAAGGUAUCUACGGUGUAGUCAAGGUCGUGACAUGCUUGAUCUUCAUCUUCUUCCUGGCUGAUUCCCUUGGUCGACGUAAAUCAUUUAUGAUUGGCGGUGCUAUCCAAGCAUUUUGCAUGUUCUUCAUCGGCUUUUACCUUCGCUUCGGUCCUGAGCCUGGAGAAAAUGACCAUCCUCCUCCAGCAGGCAUUGCUGCACUGGCGAUGGUGUACAUCUUCGCUGCAGCUUUCAACAUGAGUUGGGGGCCUGUUUCCUGGAUCUACGUGUCUGAAAUACCUACGAACCGCCUACGUGCAUACAACGUCGCUUUGGCAUCCUUUACCCACUGGGUCCACAAUCUGGCAGUAUCAAAGUCAACCCCCGUCAUGCUCCUGCAUGAUCCAUACCGAGCAUACUUUAUCUUUGGAUCCUUCAACUUAUUCAUGGCCGUUGCUGCGUAUUGGAUACCUGAGACCAAGGGAAUCUCGCUUGAACGUAUGGACGAAGUCUUUGGUAUUGCAGAUUUCUCCAAAGUCGAGGAUGUGGGUAUCGCUGCGAGCCGUGCGAAGAGAAUCGACGAUGAGAAUGUGGAGGAUGUUCAAGCUGAUAGGCUAGAGAAGUCGUGA